AUGGUUACUGUAUCGAAGACGCCAUCUGAACUGGACCUGCUUCUGAAUGCUCUGGCCGGCCUGGCAUCGACCCAUGGUGAACCUCACAUCUGUGAGGCGUACCGUUUGGCGAUUGAAAACUCGACGUUGAUCAGCGAUAUGCACGAGUUCGCCGAAUGCUUGCAUCAGAAAUGGCUCACCGAGCGGCAGAUGAUCUCGCCGGCUGUUCAAAUUUGCCGAGUGCUGGGCAACGUCGACACUGGAAGUGGGACCUUCAGCAACCUUGUAUACUGUAUCUUGAUGAAUGACUACAAAGAUAGAUACAAGUUGCGCAGGGUGUCACGUCAUUUUUUCACCAACAGUGUUCAGUUCCUGUUCGAGUACUUUUAUGCGAAAUACAACAGUGCCAGCAGAAGCUUAAACCACGAUCACCUCUCAGGUUGCGGUUCUGGUUCCAACUCGACCCUGUCUACCAAAGGCUCAAAGGACGACCGGUCAAAAUCGCUGCAAGAGCUGUGUAAAGUUAGCAAGAAGGAUACCAAUUUCUACUUGAAGGGUUAUUCGCUGAUGGAUGACCUCGUCAAUCCAAUGUACGAUUACUUGAACAUGCUCCUUGACGCAACUGCCACUGAAAGCGAGAUAAAGACAUUUCAUUGCGUUAUGUUUAUGAUGGGACCUCUUUUGGAAGAGCUUCAGCCCCAGCGAAUGCACGAACUGGCACUGAACCUGCGGUCGUCGAUAAUAGAGAACCCUCAUAAGUCUACUGAGAAAGCGAUGCUAAUAGAACUUCUCGAAAUCCUCAAUCAACGGUGGAAGGAGAACGAAAUUUCAGCAGACGUGCGUGCACUUUAUGAUAAGUACCGAUCGAUAAGCUAUGGGUUAAACAAGAAGGUUCAAAACGAGCAAGAGUUGGACACAGCUGACGAAGAGCGAAUGUCAGGGUAG